AUGGCGGACAAACCAGUGCAGAAAUCAACACUCCAAUCACUGCGCAACUGGGGCGAAAACUCCGUGCCCCCAACCCUUCUUGCAACACUCAUCACCGCCCAACAUGCCCGUCCCUUUCAAGUAUUCCCCAUGAUGUUCCCGCCCGUCCUGCUCUUUGCUAGUUACCUCAAUUUGAGUAACUACAAGACGGAUGCGGCGGGAAUAACGGCGGCAUGGAGCGCCCUUUAUGCUUUGCUGGCCAUGCGUAGAAGUCAGGGUAUCAAGAACAAAUUCACUGCGCGGGGUGUAGUAAGAGGAGCGUCGUUAGCCCUUUGUGCUGUCAACGUUGCCGGAUGUGGCUUGGCCUAUACGUUUGGUAAGCGGGAAAAGGAGGAGAAAACUGUGUGA